CAGUCACAGGCAGAUGCGGAGAAAGCGACGGAUGACACGGCGAACCAUCACUUCAACUUAAUUCAACUUUUAUUAGCGAACACUGGAACUCCGGUUGAAUAUAUUAAAUUGCGCUUGUUUAUUAAUUCAAGCGACAGAGCGUGCGGGGGAUUUACAAAGGUGUUUUGUUUAGUGUCGUUUGACCAUGGAUACAGUCGCACUUGGGAAGAAAAGGGUCAGUUCGGAGCGAAGAAAGGAGAAAUCUCGGGAUGCUGCACGCUGUCGAAGAGGAAAAGAGUCAGAGGUGUUCUAUGAGCUGGCCAAAGAACUGCCCUUCCCACUCAGUGUCACCUCUAACCUGGACAAAGCAUCGGUUGUUAGACUCACUCUCAGUUACCUGCGUCUGCGUAAACUACUGGACACAGGUGAGAGAUGGCACAGCUGUACUGGGUGUGGAGACCGAAUUGGAAUCUCAAUGGAACAGUUCAAUUCUGAAAGCUCUGGAUGGGUUUCUCAUGGUUCUGUCUGCUGAUGGUGAUAUGGUCUACCUGUCAGAGAAUGUCAGCAAGUGUCUGGGCCUUCCUCAGAUCGACCUAACUGGACACAGUGUGUUUGAGUUUACUCAUCCAUGUGACAAUGAGGAGCUCAGAGAAAUGCUGGCACACAAGACAGGUGCGUCUAAGAAAGCAAAGGAACAGCACACAGACAGACGUUUUCUGUUGAGGAUGAAAUGCACCUUGACCAGCAGAGGGCGCACUGUCAACAUCAAAUCAGCCUCCUGGAAGGUGUUGCACUGUUCGGGCCAUAUCCACAUAGCAGAUGGCUUUCAGAAGGGUGAAUGCGAGGAAAAAAGUGGGUGUUCGACAUACCUGGUGCUGAUCUGUGAGUCUAUUCCCCACCCGGCAAAUAUUGAGGCGCCUCUGGAUUCUAGAACGUUCCUCAGUCGCCACACUUUGGAUAUGCGCUUCACCUAUUGCGAUGAGAGGAUCACAGAUUUGUUGGGCUUUCAUCCAGUGGAUCUGAUGCAGCAUUCUGUGUAUGAAUACUAUCACGCCUUGGAUUCUGACCAUUUGACCAAAACACACCACAACCUGUUUGUGAAGGGACAGGUAUGUACAGGACAGUACCGUCUGCUGGCUAAAGCAGGAGGCUUUGUUUGGGCAGAAACUCAGGCCACUGUGAUCUAUAACAGUAAAAACUCCCAGCCACAGUGUGUGGUCUGUGUCAACAACAUCCUCUGUGAUAUAGAACAGCCCAAACAAAUCCUGUCGCUCCAACAGACCAAUGGUACAAAAAUAAAACAGGAAGGGGAAGAUGAGACAGAAAUGGUAAAAGAAGACAAGAAAGAGUCAGGAUUCAAGAGUCAAGACUUGAGAAAAGAGGCGGAUGCGAAGGAAGAGGAGUGUGUGGGAGAAGAGCUUUUACCUGCAGUGCUACAUGACAAUCUAAAGGGGGAGCCAGAGACACUUACAGACCCAGCAGUAGGACACACCGUCAUUACACUGGAUAUCAACAGCACAGACAUUCCUCUCUACAAUGAUGUUAUGUUGCCCUCCUCCAGUGUUCUACUGCCAUUCUCACCCCUCUCUCCUCCUGAUGAUGCCCUAUGCUCCACCCUACAUGAUGCUGACACCUCUACAGCUCAAACACAUCCCGACUGCUUCUCCUCCCCACAGUCCUCUGCUUCUGACUCUUCCAGAUCCCAGAGAGAUUCAAGUCACAUUUUUACAGCUGUUGGUUUGGAUCUGGAGAUGUUAGCACCAUACAUUCCCAUGGAUGAUGAUUUCCUGCUUCGGAAUCUUUCUCCGGCCGAGUCAAUGUGUUCCAACCCAGGUUCAGAUUUUGAACUGACCCCCUCCAGCAGCACACAAACUUCCCCUUCUGUUCCAACAGCCUCACCAGACUCAUUGUGUUGUGAUGCUGCUCAGAAGACCUAUGGAACCCCAGAUCAGACCAGCAACAGGGUCACUAUUCAAGACAUUGAUAUUUCUUCUAAAUGUGAGACCAACCCAAAGCUGCUCAAGAGGAAACUUGAGACCAUAACUUUCUCUGAAGCAAUAAGGCUGGGGUCUGUGCUGCAGGUUGUGGCUGAUUUACCAGAGAAAAAAAUCAGAAAGUCAGACACUGCAUCAUCAGAAGGGCUCCGUCAUGCCACGAUACUGCUGCUGCCAUCUGAUGUUGCAAGUAGGUUAGUGAGCAGAUCGUCAGAGGGCAGGGCCAUAUAUAUGCCCCUCCCCCAGCUUACCCGUUACGACUGUGAAGUUAAUGUACCUAUGGCUGGGCGGGAACACCUGCUACAGGGGGAGGAACUACUGUGUGCAUUGGACCUAGUUAUUUGAAAAACAUAACUAUUUCUCAUAGAUUAAAUGUUACUUUUCCCAUGAUUAGAGAUGAUUCAAAAGUUUGUCAUCUAUUAGCAAGAGACAGGGAGUAAUCAUAUCAGCCGGGAUGUUUUUGCUUCUAUUUAGUAGAUGGUUAAUACAUGCUGGACAUUGAAAACAAAAGACUUCUAAUAAAAAUAAUAAAUGAAGAAAGAAAUGUAAAACUGAAUUCACAAAGCUAUUAUGAGCUGAGCUCUUAUAGAUUAGAUAUACGCAUACAGAGAGGAGAAUAUUAUUUUGUAUUCUUUACAUGAAUUACCAGCAGCUUAUUCAGAAUUGUUUUAAAAAAAAAAUUAUUAGCACUGCUGUUUUAUAAUUACUUUAAAGGUAUGCCUAAAUGUUCCUUGUUGUCUUUGUUCAGGGAUCUAUGUGUCUUAAAUGUAAAAAUAUAUAUACAGUAUAACGAAAUAAAAUACUUCUAAUAUAUAUAUAUAUUUAUAUAAAUAUAUUAUAUAUAUAUUUGGAUCAGCCACAACAUUAAAACCACCUGCCUAAUAUUGUGUAGGUCCCCCCUUGUGCUUCCAAAACAGUGCCAUCCUGCAUCCCAGAAUAGCAUUCUGAGAUGCUAUUCUUCUCACCACAAUUGUACAGAGUGGUUAUCUUGAGUUAGACUUUGUCAGUUAGAACCAGUCUGUCCGUUCUCUGUUGACUGUCAUCAAAAAGGUGUUUCCAUCCACUGAAAUGUCGCUCACUGGAUGUUUUUGUUUUUAGAACCAUUCAGAGUAAAUUCAAGAGAUUGUUAUUCAUGAAAAUUCCAGGAGAUCAGUAGUUGCCUUCUGGCACCAACAAUUAUCCUUGCAAUUAUCUAAUCAACCAAUUGUGUGGCAGCAGUUCAGUGCAUAAAAUCAUUCAGAUAUGGGUCAGGAGCUUCAGUUAAUGUCCACAUGAACCAUCAGAAUGGGGGAAAAUGUGAUCUCAGUGAUUUGGAGCAUGGCAUGAUUGUUGGUGCCAGUUGGGCUUGUUUGAGUAUUUCUGUAACUGCCGAUCUCCUGGGAUUUUCACACAAGACAUUCUCUAGAAUUUACACCAUACGGUGCCAAAAACAAAAAACGUCCAGUGAGCGGCAGUUCUGUUGACGGAAAUGCCUUGUUGAUGAGAGAGGUCAGCAGAGAAUGGCCAGACUGGUUUGAUAUGUCAAAGUCUGCAUUAACUCAGGUAACCGCUCAGUAAAAUUGUGGUGAGAAGAAUAUCUCAGAAUGCUAUU